UAAUGAUUCCUAAUUCUUUCCAAUUUGUAAUUACAUUUAGGUCCUGUAAUCAUUAUUCAAAUCGUUCCAGACUCCAUUGAUUGUCCGAAGCUUAACCGCUCUCAAGGUAUCCCCUUACCCUAACUCCUUGUUUGGUUUCCGAGAAUUCCUAAGAAAAUAGAGACCAAUCGAGAGAAAGAAAAUAAACAUCAAAUUUUGGUGGCCGGGCCUGAGAUUGAGAAAAUAUGGAGGAAAUGUUGGCAAUUUUUCUUUCCAUGCUUCUUGUUUUGGGAUUGAUUCCACUAUUUCUAUGGAAACGCCGUCAAGAUUCUCGAUCGCCGCAUGAACACGAAGGAGAACCUCAGGUUGCUCAGAGGGAGGCGGUAUUGCGUGCGCCUGGCGGUCGCUGGAUGCGUAGGAGGCCGGCUUCUGGAGCAAGCACAUCAGCAGCUGCUGCUGCACCAGGUGUAGAAGAAUCCGUUGAGGGAAGUGAUGAGGAAGAUGUUGAGGGCGAGUAUGAUGCUAAAGCAUCCAAGAAGAGGGAAAAGAAGCGCCAAGAGCGGGAAGCACAACGACAAGCUGAACAAGCUGCACGUGAAUCUAGGGUAACAAAACAAGACCGCUAUGCUGAAAUGCGGAGGAGGAAAGAUGAGGAGCGUGAAGCACAGGAGCGUCAGCUGGAGGAAGAAGCCAAAGCGCAAAAGGCUAGGGCGGAGGAAGCUGCUGCUUUAGAGUUUGAGAAGUGGAAAGGCGAGUUUUCAAUAGAUGCUGAAGGUACGACCGAGAAUGAAGUGCAGGAUGGACGUCAGGAUUUGCUUUCUGAUUUUGUGGAAUACAUAAAGAAACAUAAAUGCAUUCCUCUGGAAGAUCUUGCUGCUGAAUUUAAGUUAAGGACUCAGGAAUGCAUCAAUCGAAUUACCAAUCUCGAGAGUAUGGGGCGACUUUCUGGCGUCAUGGAUGACAGGGGGAAAUGCAUAUACAUCUCCCAAGAGGAGAUGCAAGCUGUAGCAGACUACAUUAAGCGUCUGGGAAGGGUAAGCAUUUCGCAUCUUGCUAGCAAGUCCAACCAGUUCAUAGACUUGGAGCCAAAAGCGCAGUUUGUUGAAGAAAUCAGCGGCGGGGCGGAGAUAACUGUCGCUUGAUUUGGUUAAAGUAAUGAAAAUCGUGCACACUGAAUUAACAGGAUAUGUAACUAUAAGAGAUUGUAGGGGUAGGUUUCUUAAUUAGCGUUUUGAUAUUAUCUUCGGUUAUAGCUGUGUUGCCGUGUUUAUUGUACUGACUGGAUACCCUAGUUCCCAAGUAUUAACGAGGAGCUAACUUCUUGAACAAAUGGUGACUCUGCUGCGAAUAGACGUGGAAGAAAGCAAUUCAAUUAAAAUUAUAUGAAAAUAUAGGGGUACUCUUUAU